AGUAAGUUAACGAAGUAUUAGUUACACUUAAAACAUAACUACAAAGAAAUCUCUUGUUACCCCAUACUUGAUUUAUUCAUUGUUAAUCGCAGAGGCAAAGCCUAAAGCUAUACUAGAUAUGAUGAAAUCAGAUUUGCUGUCCAUUUCUCACGUUAAAAGUCAUUUGCAGAAAUGUAGGUCUACUAUACACAUGCACAAAGCUUUGCAGGAAAGAUCUAAGGAAGGACAGAGAACAAAUGGGGAGUCUGAGCUUCAAGUCAAAAUCCAUAUGCAAAUUGAGGAAUCACGGCAACUACAACUAGAGGUCCGGAGGAAUAUAUGCCAACAACUAGAGAUGCAACGAAAUUUGCACACGCUAAUUCAACAGCAGAACCAGCAGCUCAAAGUAAUGUUAGAUUACCAAAAGGAAAGAACCAAACUGGAGAAGACCCUUUAUACAGAAAUAGAAGCGACUGUCCCCAAAUGAUGGGUCAAUUGUUUUGUUUAAGUUACUCUAUUUUCCUAGCUGUGCCAUGUGUCAUGGCUAGGGCAUAUGCAAACACCAUUUUGCUGCCUUUGUUUUGCAUAGGUAAUCAAGCAUGUAAGGUAAGAAACGAUUUUUGGGCAGCUACUUCAAAAUGUAAGCAUGUCUUGUAUGCUCUUAUUGAGCACUCCCACACAAAUCUCACACAGCAUUCAUAUACACAAGGAGAG